UUACAAUCUACGGUCCCACCAGAACCACACACCCAACUUACCCUCCCCAACUCACUCUCUCCCUCUCUCUAAAUUCUCUCUCUAGUCUUCUUCAAAUCAAAUGGCUUCCAAGAACCAGAACAAGCCUCCAGUCCCCAACACUCCUACACCUGCAAACCCUUCUUCAAAUGUAAGAGCAACUACUCUUCUGUCGAUGAAGUUUCGGUAGAAAAGAGGCGAAAUAUCGGAGGAGGAGUUCCAAAAAUGGUGGGGCCGGCAAAUGCCGUCAGAACCCGGCAAGCCUUUUCGGUUGUGAAUGGAGGCGGAGUCGGCGGAGGAGGAGGUCAAGAUCUUGCUAGCAAUGCCAGUUCCGAAUGUGGGGGGAUCGAGUUCACCAAGGAGGAUGUUGAGGCAUUAUUGAAUGAGAAGAUGAAAGCAAAGAACAAAUUUAAUCUUAAGGAGAAAUGUGACCAGAUGAUGGAAUACAUAAGAAGGCUUAGGCUUUGCAUUAAAUGGUUCCAAGAGCUUGAAGGAAACUAUCUCUCAGAGCAACAGAAGCUAAGGAAUUUGUUGGAAUUGGCAGAGAGAAAAUGUGCAGAUAUGGAGAUGUUGAUAAAAGCAAAGGAAGACGAGUUGAAUUCGAUUAUUAUGGAGUUGAGAAAAAAUUACGCUUCAUUACAAGAGAAAUUUACAAAGGAAGAAUUAGAUAAGUUGGCUGCAAUAGAUUCUCUGACAAGAGAAAAAGAGGCUAGGGCUGCUGCAGAGAAGUUACAGGCUUCUCUCUCCGAAGAGCUCGUGAGAACUCAGCGAGAGAACACAAAUGCUAUGCAGAAGAUAGCGUCACUUAAUGACAUGUACAAGCGAUUGCAGGAGUAUAAUACAAGUUUGCAGCAGUAUAACAGUAAACUUCAGUCUGAGCUUGCUACGACUAAUGAGACCCUUAAGCGUGUGGAGAAAGAGAAAGCUGCUGUAGUGGAGAACCUCAGUUCCUUAAGAGGACACUACAACUCAUUGCAGGAUCAGCUCUGUUCAUCUAGAGCUUCUCAAGAUCAGGCAAUGAAACAGAAUGAAGCUUUAGUGACUGAAGUUGGAUGCCUAAGGGGAGAUUUGCAGCUAGUGAGAGAUGAUCGUGACCGCCAAUUGUUACAAGUAGAGACAUUAACAGCUGAAGUAGUGAAAUAUAAAGAGUCUACUGGAAGAUAUUUUGCUGAGUUAGACAGCUUAGCAAUAAAGUCGAAUGAUUUGGAGGCAAGAUGUUUGUCUCAAAGUAACCUAAUUAAAACAUUGCAAGGUCAACUCGCUAUUGCAGAGAAGAAAUUGCAGAUGUCUGAUAUGUCUGCAUUGGCGACAAGAACAGAAUUCGAAGAGCAGAAAAACAUUAUUCUUGACUUACAAGGUCGUCUUACAGAUGCAGAAUUGAAGAUUAUUGAAGGAGAGAAGCAACGCAAAAAGUUGCACAAUACUAUAUUGGAAUUGAAAGGGAACAUUCGCGUUUUCUGCAGAGUACGACCUUUGUUGCCUGAUGAUAGUGCUGGCAUGGAGGCAAAGGUUUUCUCUUAUCCCACGACAACCGAAGCACUUGGACGGGCCAUUGACUUGAUGCAAAAUGGGCAAAAACAUUCUUUCACAUUUGACAAAGUAUUUAUGCCUGAUGCCCUACAAGAGGAUGUUUUUGUGGAAAUCUCACAGCUUGUACAGAGUGCUCUUGAUGGUUAUAAGGUUUGCAUAUUUGCUUAUGGUCAAACUGGUUCUGGUAAAACAUAUACUAUGAUGGGUAGGCCAGGAAGCCCAGAUCAGAAAGGGUUGAUACCCCGCUCAUUAGAGCAGAUAUUUCAGACAAUGCAAUCCCUUCAACCACAAGGAUGGAAGUAUGAAAUGCAGGUUUCAAUGUUGGAAAUAUAUAAUGAAACGAUACGUGAUUUGUUAUCAACAAAUCGAUCAGAUGUGUCACGAACAGAGAAUGGUGUUGUAGGAAAGCAGUUUGCCAUUAAGCAUGAUGCAAAUGGAAAUACUCAUGUCUCUGAUCUAACAAUUGUGGAUGUUCAUAGUAGCAAAGAGGUUUCAUUUCUUCUAGAUCAGGCUGCACAGAGCAGGUCGGUUGGCAGGACCCAGAUGAAUGAGCAAUCUUCGAGAAGUCAUUUUGUCUUCACUCUGCGAAUAUCUGGUGUUAAUGAGAGCACUGAACAACAAGUACAAGGUGUCCUGAAUCUUAUUGACCUUGCUGGCAGCGAGCGUCUCUCUAAGAGUGGGUCUACCGGUGACCGGCUGAAAGAAACUCAAGCCAUAAAUAAGAGUUUAUCAUCUUUAAGCGAUGUUAUAUUUGCCUUGGCAAAGAAGGAGGACCAUGUACCGUUUAGGAACUCAAAGCUUACAUAUCUUCUCCAGCCUUGCCUAGGUGGGGACUCAAAGACCUUGAUGUUUGUCAAUAUUUCUCCUGAUCCUUCCUCGGUGGGUGAGUCACUAUGUUCGCUUCGGUUUGCAGCAAGAGUUAAUGCUUGUGAGAUUGGGAUCCCCCGACGUCAAACUAAUAUGCGGUCUUCGGAUUCUCGCCUGAGUUGUGGUUGAUUUUUGAAAGAGCAAAGGUGUUCUAAUUUCAUUUGGAAAAAUCUUGUGUUCUGUAUUUGAGUUGCAUUUUAAAUAUUGCCUGAAAAAUGAAACCAAUUCUAACAUAAUCAAUCUGCUUGUAAUUUGUAUAGUGAAGAGAGAAUAUUGGGCUUGUAUCAGUUAUAAUAGGGGUUGCCCUUUCGAAUCAUUUAAUUUGUGUUCAUAAAAAAUAUUUAAUGUGGAGUGUGGUAUUUAACACUUGCAAAAA